GGGGUUGCUUCAAUGGCUCCUUGGAGCGGCGACCUUGUCUCAAGUCCCGUUCUUUCUAGGCGGUUGGAGGCCGCCUGACUCGAUGGUUCGACGCAGGGAGUCAGCUGCGGAGACAGGCCUGGUGGUGGACGAGCCGGAGUUGUCGUGGCUUCUUGGUCUGGUUGAAGAGAGGCGAGCGAAUUUGCGGAGACCAGGGAGGAACUCCGAAGGAUGCUGGUGGAAUCACUCUGCAGUCUCUAGACAAUGCACAAGCAUUUGAUGUUUUAAGACAUCCCUGGUUUUUUUAAUACAUAUUGCAUGCAGCCUAUGGGCUGCUUCUUCGAGAAUGGCUCCCCAGUUCCGCAGUUACGUUUGGGAUCCUGCUCUUAUCCUUUCCCAGAUCCUGCUCAUGCAAGCAAUUUAUUACAGCAGUCUGGGGCUUUGGUUGGCUCUGGUAGACAGUCUGGUACAGAGCAACCCUUCGCUGGACCAGAUUUUCAGUUAUGAGGUUUUGGGAUUUGCCACCUCUCCUGGGAGACUUUCCACAAUGGCAUUUAUCCUGAAUGCACUCACCUGUGCCAUUGGUUUGCUGUAUUUCAUUCGGCGGGGGAAGCAAUGCUUGGAUUUCACAGCCACAGUUCAUUUUUUUCACCUCUUGGGUUGCUGGAUUUACAAUGGAUACUUUCCAAUAGCUUUGACCUGGUGGCUCGUACAUACUGUGUGCACUGCGCUCAUGGCUGUUAUUGGGGAGUACCUCUGUAUGCGGACAGAACUGAAGGAAAUCCCAUUAAAUUCAGCCCCCAAAUCCAGUGUCUAGACCAUCAGACACUGUGUUUCUCCAUCAGUAUCAGCAUCUUGGUGCUAGUUUGGGAUACAUGGAAAUGCAAUUGAAGAAAUCCAGAGGGCCUUAAAUGUAUUAGCUUGAAGACUGACAUUUGCAAUACUUUGGUAGGCCAAGAUGAAUAUAGUUUUUACAUAACUCAUUUUUAUUACCAUGCAGGCACACCCAGUUUGCCAAAGUGACUUAGACCAGACUCAGUGUUGGAUAAUAAAGCAUAAAAGACAUGGGAAAUGGACUGAUUUUGAGAAUUUGAGAAGCAAGCAGUGAGUUGUGAUCACAGCUUCCCUUCUCUAUGGUUCAAACAGCUAACUAGUGAGCUUCAACGAUUGCACAAUUGACACUUUGUUCCCUUUUAUCUCCCAUAUAUCUGAUGUUUGUUUUAAUUCCACUGUUUGAAUUAAGGGAUCAAGGAGAUCAGAAAGGCACAGUACUAUUGUUCGCUUGGCUGCUCAGAUUCCAGAAAGCUUAUUAACAGCAAAGAGUAAUGUGACUGUAUUUAUUGGAUUGAAGAAAUUAUUAAUAUUUUAUUUAAUGACCUCAACUUUCCAUCGAAGCUUUACAGUGUAUUGAUCAGGCUAGAUUAUAUUACUAAUAUGACAGUAGAAAUGAGUGUGUCAUCAGUCUGGAAUACAAUUCAGGAAACCAUGGCCUAGAAACUUUUAAACUACUGGCUUCAAAAAGGUGAAUAAGGACUAACCACUCUUGUUCACAAUGCAUGGCAUAGAGGGGUAACUGCCUCUGGUCACAAGCAAGUACUGAUUUUUAGGCUGGAGAUGCUUCAAAUGAGCCUUCUUGUUUAUUACAAUGAAUGUUUUUUCUUGAAGAUUCACUGUUCAUAACCAAGGAUAAUGGAUUGCAGGGUGUUGUGUGGGGCACACAAAAAUAGGAUGGUUAACUCUUUUUGUAACUCUACUAUUGUCAAGAUAAACUUGUUUUGCAUAUAAUUUUAAUUGUCUUAGAAUGGAACCUGAGUAAACUGUCUUCCAGAGCCAAUAUUGUCUUCCUGUUAAAACAAGGGUGUGAAGGGAAGGUUCAUCUGUAAUGCACCCAGGGGUAGCUGUAAUUUUUAUUUUUUUUAAACAAAGAUCAUUUCUUUUUUGGAUAUAUCCCACAGUUUUCCCUUUGAACAUAAAUAUUUGAGAAUGCUAAUAGUUUGUAUGAGUUACAAUUGGUAAGUUAACACUUGUAAUGAUUAAGGUGAAUAAUUUUGGAAAAUGAACUUUAUAAGCCAUCUCUCAAAGUG